AGCUUCUAGAUUCCCUUCAGAUGUUCAGUCGUAGUACACGCCAAUAUAAGAAGCUCUUUUUCCUUUUAAUUUUCCCGUGUUUCUUUUCCUUUGCAGCGGGAAAGUGACCAAUGAAGAUAAUAUGGGGAAUAUCUUUGUCCGUGUAACUUAGUGCUUUAUCGUUAUUUCAUCAUUUACGUUUUUCUGUCGGUUGUUGUAUAUUCACGACAAGUGUUUGUUGCUGAAAAACAAAAUCUAUUCAAAUAACGAUGACAAGUGUGAAGGCUUGGCCACUGCUUCUACUGCCGUUUUCACUGGUCUCUAUGGGGAAAGCAGAGUGUCCAUUUCCUGUUUUGAAUGGCAAAAUUGUCUUGUCCUCGGAAUCCAUACUGAAGAAUAGCUUCCCAGACAAUUCAGAAGCGUUUGUGGAGUGUGCUAAAGGAUUUGAGAGAGAUGAAGGUCCGACUUCAAUCACCUGUGUGAACGGGGUCUGGAGUCCAGUGAAAUUAACCUGCAAAAAGAUGGAUUGUAGACAACCUGAACUUUCACCACAUAUGACCUACUUCAUCCCUGAUGGAACAUUUUUUGGUGCCUACAUUCAACCCAUAUGUGAGACAGGAUAUGAUCUGGAAGGAUCAAGCCACAGGCAAUGUCUUGUUUCUGGCUGGAGUGGAAGCGCUGAAUGUAUAUUGACAGUAUGCGAAUAUCCAGAUCCAAUUGAGCAUGGCAAGAGGGUUGCACCCAGUGAACCUGUGUUUAAUGAUGUCAUUACAUAUUCCUGCGAUGAUAACUACAUCCUCGUUGGCAACAGCUCCAUUACAUGUGGUGAAUACGGGGUAUAUAGUUCACCACCUCCGGAAUGCAUAGUCAUCAUAACACCGACAAAAGCAAGCACCACCACAAACAAAGCCACAACAGACAUGACAACAGCCUCCACCCGUUCACAUAGAGGACUUGUCAAAAAGCUCACUAUUGGCUUAAGUGCCUUAUUGAGUAUAGCCAUUGCCUUGUUUUGUUUUUUUGGAUGUCGUAAUUUAAAACGCAAAGGUUCAUACAAUACUGGUGAAGAACUGAGGGCAAAAGAAGAGUUAUUGCUAAAUCAAAGUGUCUAAACUCAAGGUAUCCACCCAUAUCUGAAUCUUCAUUAGCUUAAUGGCAAACAAUCGGACGGCUCCUUUGCUUUAGCGUUAUUCCUGCACAUGGAUUCAUUGAAGUUUCAAGUUUUUAACUUUUUUUUGUUGUUGUAUUUUAUAAACUAGAUAUUGUAUUUAUUUAUAAAUGCUACAAAAUGUUUUGCUUUUAGAAAUAUAUUAGUUAUUGGUAAAAGCACAAGAUUAUAUUUUUGUAUAUUUGAAUAAAGAUUGUUUUUUAAGUACUUGGGUGUGUUUCUUUUUUCCCCAGGAUGACUGAAUCCUGACCUCUAAAUUUCCCCAUCUUGUUACCAAGAAUCCACCCAAAAGAAUCUCUGGCACGUUUCCACUCGUGUGUUUUCACCUUUUAAAAGUGCAGUUUUAGUGCGAAGUUGUAAAGUGAGAUAUUGACAGUGUACCACAGCCGGGUCAGAUUUUCUGUGACCAUAUGGUGACAGGAAACCUGAUCCUGAAUUAGCAAACGUUUCUAAUGUGAGUUGUAAUAAUUCUUCACCCCCCUUUCAAAAGUAUUCCUUUUACGUAAGCAGUAGACCACACAGCAAUGUGGUUACCAAGACAAUGUCAGAGAGAGUUGCUGCUAUUCAAGCCAAAUACUUCCAUCAACUGGAGAAUCAUUUGGACAGUGUGCUCUAUACAGAGACCUUGGCCAAACCCAUGAAAGCAAAGAGAAACUAAAUUUAAACGUGGUUCUCAAAAAGCUGCUAAAAACACUUAAUUAAAAAAUAAAACAAUACUAGUCUAUUCUUCUUACAGUUUAAAAAAAAAAUCUAUUAUUUAUUUAUUUGUAAUUGCUAAAGAGCAAAACUUACUGCUUUUAAACAAGUCCGGUGAAAUGUUUUCACCCGUUUCAUAAUUUCCUGGGUGAAAAUUGUAAGUCAAGUCUCUUAGAAAUGUAAUAACUUGCUUCUCAUUAAGAAUUGG